AUGAGACUGCCCUCCUUCUCAAGCCCCGGUGCUGUGGCGACCGCCGCGCUUGCCUUGCUGUCUUCUGCGGACUUUGCCUUUGCCCGACCGAGCCCUGAGCCUAAGGUACCGGCCCGUAUGCAAUGGUCUCACAAUCGUGGAAAGAAAAUUGCCAGGAGUGCCUUGAAACAGGCACUUGAAGGCCGCUCAUACACCAACGCCACAACUGAGGCAUGCAGCACUGCACAGGCGGCUUCCAUCACGGCUCCCCAUGACAAUGUUUGGAUUGGUCUGAGCGAUGCUGAGGCUGUUUCUGUUGUCGCGUGGCUCUUUGCUCAGGAGAGCCUCAACUUGACAGAGACGGACGGUGCUGGCGAGUGGGAUAACACGGUCCUUCUCGUCGAGUUGCAGACGCCCAACAAGACAGAUGUAGUAGCACACGUGGAUGGUGGUGCUGCGGCUCCGGAAAGAUGGGCUCAUGUUGUGCUCGACUACCGUGCCACCACGGAGCCGUACUACCAAGAUCUUUUAGUCGGCCCACUCCCAUUGAACAAUGCCACUGCUACCAUUCAGCCGCUGGAAUUUCCCUUCACACGCAAGACAGAGGGCAAGAUUCGAAACUUGGACGCUGACUCUGAGACCAUGUCUUCUGAGUGGCUAUACAAGAUCGGUGCCGAGAUCGCCGAUAUCACCAUGGACCUCUGGGGUGGUCAGGCUGCUGGUCUUGACAACGACACUCUCGACAUCUGGGGUAUCGAUCCCCUGUGGCAGGACGAUGGGCGAAUCAUCCGCUGGGACACAUUCUGGAACUUGCCAGAUUCAUUCUUCGACACUGAGACGUUGUUGCCCUUGGGUCUUUACUUCAAGAGUGAUGUCACUGGACGUGACCCUAGUCAGUGGAAGCUUGAGGGUUGGCUUUACAACAACAUCUACUAUGAGUCGACAGAAGAGUUCAGAACUGCUUACUGGAACGGCUCCAUCGAGAAGCUUGGUGCCAACGUCGAGGGAUCAUGGGCUCGCACUGACCCCCAGAACGUCAGCCUGCCCUACGACUCCAACUAUCCCCCUACCACCAUUGCCCCCUCUGGUGCUCGCUUUGGUGUUGACUACGAGCGAAAGUACGUCGAGUGGAUGGAUUUCAGCUUCUAUAUCGGAUUCUCGCGUGACGUGGGCAUGACUCUUUUCGACAUCAAGUACAAGGGAGAGCGACUUUUGUACGAGUUUGGUCUUCAAGAGGCGCUGGCCCACUAUGCUGGCGGAGAUCCCAUGCAGUCCGGAACUUCCUACCUUGACUCUUACUAUGGUUUCGGACCGUAUGCUUUCGAGAUGAUCCCCGGUUACGACUGCCCCGAGUACGGUACUUACCUCAACUCGUCUUUCUAUGUCUCGGAGACUACCCACACCCAUCUUAACAGCAUCUGCUUGUUCGAGUUCACAUCGGACUACCCUAUCCAGCGACACAGCACCAGCGAAUACGUCUCGGCAACCAAGGAUACUCACUUCAGCAUCCGCUCUGUCUCCACUGUUGGCAACUAUGACUACAUGUUCACUUACAGCUUCCACCUAGACGGCUCUAUCUCCGCAGAAGCCCGAGCUUCAGGAUACAUCCAGUCUGCUUAUUACACCACUGGCUCUGACUAUGGUUUCAAGAUUCAGGAGAACCUGUCUGGCUCCAUGCACGACCACGUUCUGAACUUCAAGGCGGACUUCGACAUUCUGGGCACGGCCAACUCGAUCCAGACCAUGACCAACGUGCCCGUCUCCAAGGUGUACCCCUGGUCCAACGGCAAGGCGCGCAACACGAUGCAGGUUGUGCGCAGCUUCGUCGACAACGAAGACCAAGGUCGCUUCAACUGGGCCCCCAACAGCGCACAGCAGGUGCUCGUUGUAAACAAAGACGAGACCAACCAGUGGGGCGAGUACCGGGCAUAUCGUGUCCUUCCCAUGACGGGCGCCCUCCACUUGACGGUCGAGAACUCGAGCAACCUAGUCAAUGCGGCUCACUGGGCCGAGUACGACAUCCAGGUCACCCGCCAGCACGACUGGGAGCCGCGAUGCGCGCACGCGUACGCCUCGCAGGACGUGUUUGACCCGCCCAUCAACUUCGAGGAAUUCUUCGACGGCGAGUCGCUGGACCAGGAGGACCUGGUGCUCUGGCUGAACAUGGGCAUGCACCACGUCCCCCACACUGGCGAUCUGCCCAAUACCGUCUUCACGACCGCGCACGCCGGCAUCCAGUUCAUGCCCAGCAACUACUUCGACAUCGACCAGAGCCGCAACACCGUCAAUGCCGUGCGCAUCAACUACUCCAACGGGACGGCGACGGAUGUCGAGACCUUUGGCCAGAAGGACGACACCUGCGAGCUGCAGUUCAGCCCUGUCGAGUACGACUUGUAUAGCUACAAGGGUGAUGUAGUCGUCAGGAAGUUCCCUUACGACCCUAACAACCCCUAUUAUGAGGUGGACUCUAUUGUUUAG